CCCACCACUUGCUUGUGCAAAUAAAGUGCAUAUUCAAGGCUUUUUCCAGGAAAAGGAAACAAGCCUUACCCAUAGCUUACCCCUCAAACUAAACACUCCUCCCCAUGCCCAUACCCCUUUGUUAGACAGAAAGGCUAACCCUUAGCUCUCUCUGUUCUUUCUUUCUUUCUGGUGUGUGGGUCUCUCUGCUGAUUGCUGAUUGCUGAUUGCUGAUUGUUGAUUGUUGCUGCUGCCAGAGACUGCCCAUUGCCAAAAACCAUAUGGCAAAACCAACGGCUUUGUUAUCAGACGCUCCUUUCUCUGUUUUGUUCAUCAAUCUUUACACCCUUUAGUUCUUCAAAGACUUCAUCUCUCAUCGUGUUCCCGAAAACACUGACUUUUUUUUUUCUGAAUGAUGUCUAAAGGUUUCGUUUUUCUCUUCUUUUUGCUUCUUUGCUCGCCAUUGUUGUUACUAGCCCAGAACCAGGCUGAGAUUCAAGCUCUGACCUCUUUCAAGCUUAAUCUCCAUGACCCUUUUGGAGCUUUAUAUGGAUGGGAUCCGUCGACCCCUGCAGCUCCAUGCGACUGGCGUGGGGUUGCAUGUACUAAAAACCGAGUCACGGAGCUACGUCUGCCUCACCUCCAACUCAGUGGUCAACUCAGUGACCGUCUCUCUGACCUCAAGUAUCUUAGAAUGCUCAGCCUCCGUUCCAACUCCUUCAACGGCAGCAUACCAUCGACGCUCUCCCAAUGCAGGUUUCUACGCGCUGUUUUCUUGCAGUACAACUCACUCUCCGGGGCACUACCGUCGGAGAUAAGUAAUCUCACCGAUUUGGCCAUUUUAAACUUGGCUCAAAACCAACUUUCCGGCGAAAUCCCAGGGGAUCUCCCACGAAAUAUCAAGUAUAUCGAUCUUUCUUUAAACUCAUUUUCUGGUCCCAUUCCUAGAAGCGUUGCUAAUUUAACGCGGCUUCAACUCAUUAAUCUGUCGUAUAACCAGUUUUCUGGUGAGAUUCCGGCUAGUUUUGGUGAGCUUCAACAGCUUCAAUAUCUAUGGCUUGAUUUUAAUUUAUUGGAAGGAACUUUGCCUUCAGCUUUAGCCAACUGCUCUUCACUUGUUCAUUUUAGUGCCGAGGUCAAUGCGCUUGGUGGGGUAAUCCCUGCAGCUGUUGGAGCUCUUCCUAAUCUUCAAGUUGUUUCGCUUUCUCACAACAAUCUCUCAGGAACAGUGCCGGUUUCUUUGUUCUGUAAUGUCACCGUUUACCCGCCUUCUAUUAGGAUUGUUCAGUUGGGGUUUAAUUUGUUUAAGAGUGUUGUUGAUCCUGAAUCAGGGAAAUGUUACAGUGUCUUACAAGUUCUGGAUCUGUCUGGUAACCAGAUUGGUGGGACUUUUCCUUUAUGGUUAACUGGUGUAACAACGUUAACAAUGUUGGAUGUUUCGGGUAAUUUGUUGUCGGGUGCGGUUCCGGUUCAGAUUGGGAGUUUGUCUAGAUUGGUGGAGUUGAAAAUGGCUAAUAAUUCUUUAACUGGGAUGGUUCCUGCUGAGAUCAAGCAAUGCCAGUCAUUGCAUGUUCUUGAUCUCGGAGGAAACCGUUUCUCCGGUGAGAUUCCUGGCUUUUUGAGUGGCAUGACCGGUUUGAAAGUGCUAUCUCUUGGGGUGAAUAUGUUUUCGGGUUCAAUUCCGGGUAGUCUUCGGAAUCUUAUGAAGCUUGAAACCUUGAAUUUGGGACUUAAUUUGAACGGAAGACUGCCGGAGGAGAUAAUGGGAUUGAACAAUCUGAGUACAUUGGACUUGAGUGGGAACAGGUUUACAGGUGAGAUUCCUGCAAGUAUUGGGAACUUGAGUCGGAUUAUUGUCUUGAAUCUAAGCGCUAAUGGUUUUUCUGGGAAGAUUCCGGCGAGUUUGGGUGCCUUGUUCAAGCUAACAACUCUUGAUUUAAGCAAGCAGAAUCUCUCAGGUGAAUUGCCUUUUGAGCUCUCAGGUUUACCUAAUCUGCAAGUUAUUGCAUUGCAAGAAAAUAUGUUGUCCGGGGAUGUUCCGGAAGGGUUCAGUAGUUUGAUGAGUUUGCGGUAUGUGAAUCUUAGUUCCAAUUUAUUUUUCGGUCAUAUACCGGAAACUUUUGGCUUUCUACAUUCAUUAGCAGUUCUUUCAUUGUCUAAUAAUCACAUAAGUGGUGUGAUCCCGCCCGAGCUUGGGAACUGCACCGAGCUUGAAGUUCUUGAGCUUGGAUCGAAUUCUUUGACAGGUCACGUUCCUGCUGAUCUCUCUGGCCUUUCAAGGCUUAAUGUGCUAGAUUUGGGUGGUAACAACUUAACAGGAGAAAUCCCAGCAGAAAUCUCCAAAUGCUUGUCGUUGACCACAUUGUUACUUGAUGGUAAUCGGCUAUCUGGUAGCAUACCGGAUUCUCUCUCCGAGUUAUCUAAUCUUACAAUGCUGGAUCUUUCUUCUAAUGACUUGAGUGGAGAGAUUCCUGCUAAUCUCAGUCUUAUAUCUGGAUUGGUCUACUUCAAUGUGUCAAGGAAUGACCUAGAGGGGGAGAUUCCAGUUACUCUGGCUUCUAAAUUUAACAAUCCAUCGGCAUUUGCGGAUAAUCAAGACUUGUGCGGAAAGCCGUUGCACCGGAAUUGUGAAAACGUGGCUGAAAAGAGCAGUAGGAGAAGAUUGAUUCUUUUGAUUGUUGCGAUAGCUUGUGCUUCUAUCUUCUUGUCAUUGUGUUGUUGCUUCUAUGUUUUCAGCCUAUUGAGAUGGCGCAGGAAGCUCAAGGAAGCUGCUGGGGAGAAGAAACGGAGCCCUGCGAGGGCUAGUUCUGGUGCAAGCGGAGGUCGUAGCAGCACAGACAGUGGAGGUCCAAAGCUUGUUAUGUUCAAUAACAAGAUCACACUCGCUGAAACAAUUGAAGCCACUAGGCAAUUUGCUGAAGAGAAUGUGCUUAGCAGAAGCAGAUACGGGUUGGUCUUCAAGGCUUGCUACAACGAUGGAAUGGUGCUGUCUAUACGCAGCUUACCAGAUCGAUCACUCGAUGAAAACAUGUUCAGAAAAGAAGCAGAAUUUUUAGGCAGAGUGAAGCACCGGAACUUAACUGUUCUCCGUGGCUACUACGCAGGUCCACCGGACUUGAGGCUUCUUGUAUAUGAUUACAUGCCCAACGGCAACCUCGCAACACUCCUUCAAGAGGCAUCCCACCAAGAUGGUCAUGUCCUUAAUUGGCCAAUGCGCCACCUUAUUGCUCUUGGCAUCGCCCGUGGUUUAGCCUUCCUACAUGCAUCCAACAUGGUUCACGGAGAUGCCAAGCCCCAAAACAUCCUAUUCGAUGCCGAUUUUGAAGCACAUUUAUCAGAUUUUGGCUUGGACCGUCUCACAGUCGCCACUCUAGCAGAAGCUUCCACUUCAACUUUGGUCGGAACAUUGGGUUACGUCUCCCCGGAAGCAGUUCUAACAGGGGAAGCCACCAAAGAAUCAGAUGUUUACAGCUUUGGAAUCGUUCUGCUCGAACUACUCACGGGGAAAAGGCCAAUCAUGUUCACCGAGGAUGAAGACAUCGUGAAAUGGGUUAAACGACAGCUUCAGAGGGGCCAGAUCACCGAACUUUUAGAACCGGGGUUACUCGAGCUCGACCCUGAAUCAUCAGAAUGGGAAGAAUUCCUGUUGGGAAUCAAAGUCGGGUUACUUUGCACGGCUCCGGAUCCUCUCGAUCGACCGACAAUGGCCGAUAUCGUGUUCAUGCUCGAAGGUUGUCGUGUAGGGGCUGAUAUUCCUUCAUCAGCUGACCCCACCUCUCAACCUUCACCAGCAUAAACAAACCCAUUUUUCUUGUUCUUUGUUUUUACCAUUUUUUUAGUUUCGGACAAAAAAUUAUUAACAGUAGGGGUGAGUUUUUAUUUAUUUUUAUCAUUUCAGUUAAGUGUUCAA